CAGACAAAGGGAGCAAGCAUCAAGACUACAGCAGUGCAUUCAAUAUGGAGGCAGGGAGUCCCUAGGACAAAACCAACAGAGUCUGACGGAUUGAAGGCCUCAACAACGAACCUAAUCCUCAACCCCUUUGAUGGCCGAUAGCGAAAGCGAUGAAGAAGUAGACGUUCUAUCGAACAACGAUCAGAACGGUUUCCCAAUGUUCCGCACUCAAAACUCAGCUAUCCACCCUCAGAGUUCUCCCUCCCUUGGGCAUACAGGGGGAUGGCAGCAAGGAAAAGGAAAUGCUGGACUAAAUUCUAGGACUGAUUAUGAUUCUGAUACUGAUGAAUCAGACAGCAGUAGUGAAUCAGAAUCUGAUUCUGAUGAGGAGGAAGAAGAGCAAUCGCAUGCACAACCCCCGGCCCCUGUCCACCCGCCUGUCCACCAUAUCCGUGAUAUCCAUCCAAUUAAACCCAGUGAAGAUGACAUGCAGCAAGAAAUAGAGGAGCAAAUUUCACCUAUAGAUGUUAUUUCUCCUGAUCCAACUUCGCCUGAUUUGAAUAAACUUGGUCUUGGCAAUGCUAAAGAUAGGUUCUGGGAAGAAUCUCCAGAAAUGUAUGGMAUCAGAAGAUCAGGAAGAGCAAGAAAGGAACCUGAAAGAUUUAACAUACUACUUGAGGAAUCAAAUGACGAUGAUGAGAUAGCAGGGCCAGUGAGAAAAAAGAAAAAAUCCAAAAAUGGUAAACGAGCAAAUAGAUUGUCAUCCAGUGAAGAUUGGUCCAUGUUGACAUCAGAUAAAGAUAGCUCAGGGAGUGAAAGCAGUGACAGCUACACUCCUGAAGCACCCCGACAAAGACCACGCCCACAGCCYAGAGCAAGAGCACGAGCAGCCCCURUGCAAUCCCAACCUUUAAUGCCAAGUAGACAUGAACUUAUGCCAAAACCUAAACCWACUACCGUACUCAAAAGGAAUAAAAUCAAGCAGCCAAUCAGCGAGAGUGAAGCUUCAGAUUCUGAUGAUGAUGUAUCAAGRGCAAGCUCAAUYAGAAAGGCAGCUGUCAAGAUGACAAGUUAUAAAGAAGAAAGUGAUGAUGAAACAGACUCUGAUGAUGUCAUAGAAGCCAGUGCCGAUUGGCAAGAACAAGAAUAYGUUGAAGACGAUCGAGAAACAAUAGAGAGAAUUAUAGAUUCCAGGGUGGGUCGUUCAGAUGAAACUGGUGCCAAAACUACAUUUUAUGCCUUUGAAAAAGAGGAGUUAGACAAAAGGGGUCCCCCUGAUCCAGAGAAAGAGGAAACUGAAAAUCAAUACUUGAUAAAAUGGAAGGGAUGGUCUCACCUGCAUAACACUUGGGAAAGCGAGAAGACGUUAAAUGACCAAAAAGUAAAAGGAAUGAAGAAGCUUGAAAAUUUUAUGAAAAGGGAACAUGACGUGAGAGUUUGGAAAAAGAUGGCCUUCCCAGAGGAUAUUGAAUACUUUGAAGUCCAGCAAGAGAUGAACAGUGAGCUGAUUGAGGAACACAGACAAGUGGAGCGAAUUAUCUCACACACAACAGUUACCAACACAGAUGAACUUGGAAACAGCUAUAAUCAGGUGGAUUACCUGUGUAAGUGGCUUGGUCUUCCCUAUGGYGAAUGUACAUGGGAGGACGGCUCAYUAACAUCAAGAUACUUCCAASAAAAAAUAGAUGCUUAUUUGAACAGAGAAAGGUCWGACAAAAUYCCAACAAAAAGUGCAAAAGUAUUACGGCAACGUCCAAAGUUUUCMCUCAUUAAAAGGCAGCCUGUUUAUAUUGGACCUGGAGGAAGUCUCUUGCUACGAGACUACCAAUUAGAUGGUCUUAACUGGCUGGUAAAUGCAUGGUGUAAAGGAAACUCUACAAUUCUUGCUGAUGAAAUGGGCCUUGGAAAGACUAUCCAAGUUAUAUCAUUUUUAAAUUAUUUAUUUCAUACACACGCAUUGUAUGGACCUUUUCUUGUUGUGGUUCCUUUGUCAACACUGGCUGCUUGGCAGAGGGAGUUCGCUGCAUGGGGACCCCAAAUGAAUGUAGUUGUUUACCUUGGUGACGUUACCAGCAGAGCUAAGAUUCGUGAACAUGAGUUUAAACACAAGAACAAAAGGUUAAAAAUCAAUGCACUCUUAACGACUUAUGAGAUUGUACUAAAAGAUAAGCAAAUUCUUGGUGAUUUUAACUGGGCCAACCUGGUUGUAGAUGAAGCACAUCGUCUAAAGAAUGACGACUCCUUACUGUACAAAACUCUUCAAGAAUUUCACACCAACCAUCGACUUCUUGUCACUGGGACUCCAUUGCAGAACUCUUUGAAGGAACUGUGGGCUUUAUUACAGUUUCUAAUGCCUGAUAGGUUUUAUAGUUGGGAGGAAUUUGAACAUGCUCACUCAACACAAGAACAAAGAGAUAGUGGUUUUUCUGGUUUGCAUAAAGAACUUGAGCCAUUUUUACUAAGAAGAGUCAAGAAAGAUGUUGAAAAGUCUCUCCCUGCAAAAGUGGAGCAAAUAUUAAGAGUUGAGAUGUCUUCCGUGCAAAAGCAAUAUUACAGAUGGAUUCUGACGAAGAACUUCAAGGCUCUCAAUAAAGGAAUGAAGGGGAACAUGAACAGCUUUUUAAAUAUCGUCAUGGAGUUGAAAAAAUGCUGUAAUCAUGCCAGUUUGAUAAGACCUAUAGAUGCACCAGCACCAAGUCUAGAUGCUUUGCAGAAUCUUAUCAGAGGAAGUGGAAAGCUGUUCUUGUUGGACAAGCUUCUCGUUCGACUCAAGGAGACUGGUCAUCGUGUACUUAUAUUUUCACAAAUGGUUAGGAUGUUGGAUUUAUUAGCUGAAUACCUACAGAUGAGGCGAUUUCUGUUUCAGAGAUUGGAUGGCUCUAUUCGUGGUGAUGUAAGAAAGAAAGCACUUGAUCACUUCAAUGCAGAAGGCUCUGAAGACUUUUGUUUUCUUUUGUCWACUCGUGCUGGAGGUCUGGGUAUCAAUCUUGCUACUGCUGAUACUGUUAUUAUCUUUGAUUCYGACUGGAACCCYCAGAAUGACUUGCAGGCACAAGCUAGGGCACAUCGUAUUGGUCAACGUAACCAGGUGAACAUUUAUCGUCUCGUAUCAAAAGGAAGUGUUGAAGAAGACAUCAUCGAGAGAGCAAAACGAAAAAUGGUCCUCGAUCAUCUUAUUAUUCAAAGAAUGGAUACAACAGGACGGAAAGUUUUGUCAAAGUCAACUUCUGCACCUUCAGCUACCACACCAUUCAAUAAAGACGARCUGGCAUCUAUUCUUAAGUUCGGUGCUGAAGACUUGUUCAAAGAGGGCGAUGGCGAGCAAGAUUCUCAGUUACAGGAAAUGGAUAUCGAUGAGAUUUUGCGACGUGCAGAGACGAGAGACUCUGAAGAUCAGCCUCAAACUAUCGGAGAUGAACUACUGUCACAAUUCAAGAUGGCUAACUUUGCAAUUGAUGAAGAAUCAAUCAGCACACCCGAGCAGUCCAGCAACAUGGAGGGCAAAACUUGGGAGGACAUCAUUCCUAACGAGAUUAGACAGAARUUAGAGGAGGAAGAAGUACAGAAAGAACGUCUCGCUUUGUAUUUACCACCACGAUCUAGAAAAACUGUCAAUAAGAUGAACUAUGACAGYGAUGGCGAUSCAAGCAACAAGAAGAAAUCAAAGAAAAAGAAAUCUGAAAGUGAAGACGAUGACGAGGAUGAAGACAAAGAUACCAAGAGAAAGAGAGGUCGUCCAAGAACCAUCAAACGAGAAGAUGUCGAUGGCUUCAACGAUUCCGAAAUCAGAAGAUUUGUGAAAAGCUAYAAGAAGUUUGGACGCCCUCGCACAAGGCUGGAAGCCAUUGCUAUAGAUGCAGAGUUGGAUGACAAACCRAGUGAAGACGUUGAACGAUUGUCCAGUAUCUUGCAUGAUGGGUGUAUUAGAGCUGUUAGAGAAUAUAAUGAGAAACUACAAGAAGAUCCAAACUUUGAUGGUAAAAAGCGUGGCGCAACACUUAGAAUUGGUAAUGUAACGAUUAAUGCUCCUUCGAUACUAAAACACGAGGAGGAAUUAGAACCGUUGGCUGUUACAAUYCCUUCCGAUGAGGCAGAAAGAAAAAAAUAUAGACUCACUUUCCCAGCAAAGAGUGUUCAUUGGGGCGUUCCAUGGGAUGUAUCGGACGAUUCCAUGUUGCUUGUUGGUAUUUAUAAGUACGGWAUGGGGAGCUGGGACGCCAUUAAAUCAGAUGAAAGCUUAGAAUUAUCCACUAAAAUACUACCGCCGGGAAAUUUAAAGCCCCAAGAUAAACACCUCCAGACAAGGGCCGAGUAUUUGAUCAAACUACUUAAACAGGUCUUACUUGAGAGUAAAGCAGACGACCUGAAAAAGUCAUCGUCUGCACUUAAGGGCAAGAUAAAACGCAUGAGAAGAAAAGGCGGAAAGAAGAACGUGACUUCGAAAGAUGUCUCUCCGACCAGCCCWGCAGCWCCAUCGCCCAAACCAGUACCAUCGCCYGUUGUAUCGCAACAGCAGGAAAUAAAAGAGGAACCAGAGACCGUAGAAUCACCAAAACCGAUUCUCACAACACCAGAACGACCAAAGAAAACUAAGAAAAAACAGCCUGAAUCGACCAAGAAGACAAAAGUCAAAAAACCCAAGGAGAGCAAGCCUACGAAAGAAGUGAAAGAGAAGCAAGAAAAAGAACCGAAAGGAAAAGAAGAGCCAGUGAAACCUGAAGAGGAAGAACCUCAUCUGUCCCCCAUGACAAGUGAUCACGAGAAUGAKCAUACUAACAUUACGUCAYUGUCACGUGAUGACCACAUGAACAAUGACGACACUGGGGGGUCUGACAGCAUGGACAAGACAACAUUCGACGCGUGUAAAGAGAAGAUGCGUCCUGUUAAAAAAGCUUUAAAAAUGCUUGAAAGUCCUGAGGAAGAGGUCUCGGACAAAGACCAAGUCGCUCAAACCAGACAGUGUUUACUAAAGAUAGGUGAUCAUAUCAUGGAUAUUACAUCACAGUAUAAAGACCAGGAUGUUGCAUCGGAAUGGCGAUGGAACCUAUGGACUUUUGUGUCUAAAUUUACAGCCUUUGAAGGCAAAAAGCUUUAUCGUCUGUACAAACAUGCYUGUAAGAAGAGAGAGGAAUUAAAACAGCAACAUCAGCAAGAGCGAUUACAACACAAAUCCAACCAACCCAAUUCCAAGAAUGGUAAAGUGUCAAGUAGUCAUUCUGUCCCGCGGUCACAUGAACUUAAAAGGUCACAUGACAAUGCCUCACUACCAGGCUCCCAUGCCAAAAUUCCCAGAAUCGACAAUGCAAACCGCGCUCGUUUUUCGGGAAACUCGGACGGGUCUCAUCGGAGACCAAGAGAUAGUCAUGACGACCGCCAUAGAUACCGAGAUCGCUUCUCAUCUCAUUACGAYCACUCUAAAGGCGGAAUGGAUCGACUCUCCGACCACUCCCGAUCCCAAGAAGGACGGAUCGAUAGACUUUCGGAACACUCUCGUUCUCACGACAAAGUAGUCGAUAGACUUUCGGAGCAUUCUCGGUCACACGAUAGAUCUUCAGACCAUUUUCGUAGCAAAGACCAGCACUCACGUUCACACGACAGAAACUCUGACCAUUAUUCGAGAUUUUCCGACAAAAGGGAUUACCGAGACGAUCAUCACCGCUCUCGGGAUCAUUCGUUUGAYCAUCGGCAUCAUUCGUAUAGUCAUCGGACAUCAAGCGAAAGCUCUCAGUGUAGUCCRCUGGACAAUGUAUACAGCCCACGACAGAUUCACGACGCGAGUCGAAAACACUACUCGGAAUCUGACAAACACUCGAAAGAACGGGACAAUAGAUAGCAUUUGUGGAUUGUUUUGUAAAUAUAUUUUUGUCUGUACAUAAUGGUUUGCAUGGAUAGCGUGAAAA